AUGGCAGCGUCUGCGAGCAGCGAUCCCCUGCCGGAUGAUGUCAGUCUGCCCAAGGAGCAGCCAACAUCGGCGUUCUUUGAAUCGAAAACCUUUCGCCUGAUCUCCAUCAUUAUCUAUUUGGGCGGCAUCAGUGGACUGGGCAUGGCUCUCGCCUUCUACUAUCUAAUCUUCUUUGACUCCGGCAUGCCCGAUAUACAUUUGAAGUUUCCCGUCUCAAUUGGCGGGCACCCGGUGCAGAAAGUACACGAGUACCAGUGAGACGCACACAGACAUAGAGAGAGAGAGAGAAAGAGAAACAUCCAGAGAGAGAGAGAGAGAGAGAGAGAGAGAGAGGUAUGUCUGAGCUAAGCUCCCCUAGAACACUCAGCCACUCAGCCUACCCCCUGACAUCGACCAUGUCUAAUUGGAUUUGCCCAUGCACAUUGCUUGCAAGCAAGCUCGAACAAUGAAUACCCUACACUUAAAUAUAUCCAAAUAAAUAUAUAAUUUAAUAUAAAUAUUUAGCAGCUUUAACUCAUCUCAAAAGUUCUGA